GAAGGAUGGAUUCAAAAGCCCCGUUCUUAGGGUUGACCUUGAAGAAAAAGAGGGGGGUCCUCCCUCGUCCUGGGAGGACAGAGAACCUCAAAGCGGACCCAGAAGAGCUUUUCACCAAAUUGGAGAAAAUUGGAAAGGGCUCUUUCGGGGAGGUGUUCAAAGGCAUUGACAAUCGGACUCAGAAAGUGGUCGCCAUAAAAAUCAUUGACCUGGAAGAAGCCGAAGAUGAAAUAGAGGACAUUCAGCAAGAGAUCACCGUGCUGAGUCAGUGCGACAGCCCAUACGUAACCAAGUACUAUGGCUCCUACCUGAAGGACACCAAGUUGUGGAUAAUAAUGGAAUAUCUUGGAGGAGGCUCCGCACUCGAUCUAUUAGAACCUGGCCCUUUAGACGAAACCCAGAUUGCUACUAUACUGAGAGAAAUACUGAAAGGACUGGAUUAUUUGCAUUCAGAGAAGAAAAUUCAUAGAGAUAUUAAAGCUGCCAAUGUUCUGCUUUCUGAACACGGAGAGGUGAAGCUGGCUGAUUUUGGCGUGGCCGGCCAGUUGACGGAUACCCAGAUCAAGCGAAAUACCUUUGUGGGCACCCCUUUCUGGAUGGCACCCGAAGUCAUUAAACAGUCAGCAUAUGACUCAAAGGCGGACAUCUGGUCCCUGGGCAUCACAGCUAUAGAACUCGCUAAAGGGGAGCCACCUCACUCUGAGCUGCAUCCCAUGAAGGUUUUAUUCCUCAUCCCAAAGAACAGCCCGCCAACGCUGGAAGGAAACUACAGCAAGCCCCUCAAAGAGUUUGUGGAGGCCUGUCUGAACAAGGAGCCGAGCUUUAGACCCACUGCUAAGGAGCUGUUGAAGCACAAGUUUAUCAUCCGCAACGCAAAGAAGACCUCGUACUUGACCGAGCUCAUCGACAGGUACAAGCGGUGGAAGGCCGAGCAGAGCCACGACGACUCCAGCUCAGAGGAUUCCGACGUGGAAACAGAUGGCCAAGCCUCCGGAGGCAGCGAUUCUGGAGACUGGAUCUUCACGAUCCGAGAGAAAGACCCAAAGAAUCUUGAGAACGGAGCGCUUCAGCUUUCGGAUCUAGAAAGAAAUAAGGUAAAAGACAUCCCAAAGAGGCCUUUCUCUCAGUGUUUAUCUACAAUUAUUUCUCCUUUAUUUGCUGAGUUGAAGGAGAAGAGCCAGGCGUGCGGAGGCAACCUGGGGUCCAUAGAGGAGCUGCGAGGGGCCAUCUACCUGGCUGAAGAGGCCUGCCCCGGCAUAUCCGACACCAUGGUGGCACAGCUUGUACAGCGGCUCCAGAGAUACUCUCUAAGUGGUGGAGGAACUUCAUCCCAUUGAAAUUUCCUGGGCGGAUGAGGGUUUUUGUUUUGUUUUCCUUCUUUCCUUCCUUCUCCUUUUUAAAAAGUCAACGAGAGCCCCUUGCAGCCCCCGCAGAAGAGGCGCGCGCUGCAGGGCGCCCCGAAGCCUCGGCGCCUUGGGGACAGGCACGUCCCCGCCGGAUGAAGACUCGCGAGGGGCAGAGGGCCGGCUCCUUGAAGCGACCAUCGGGUUUUAUUGUUCUUAAUUGUACCCACAGUGCACACAUUCAAGGAAAGUGUCGUUACCAACAGAAACCCACCCGGAAAUGUCUGUCUGGGACGGUGCCAGGGCAGCUGGCGGAAUGAACCCUCAGGGACCCUGCUUUACGUGGGGGCGCCCGCGGGAGGCGGCUGGUGGAUCGCUGCACAGACUUGUAUAUAGUGUCGUUUUUACAGACCCUCUGGCGUGCGUGAGCAUCACUGUGCACAUCGGCCAAGUGCUUCUGUAGAUAAAGUCAGUGGAGUAAAUAUUUGACAGGCCAUAACUUGAGUCUAUUGCCUUGCCUUUAUUAAACAUGUAAAUUUUGAAUUAUGUGACCAGUGAUUUGGGUUUUAUUUUGUAUUUGUAGGGUUUGCCAUUAAUAAUUAUUAAUGCCCCUCAUAUGGAAAACUCCUGUUUGUACCUCAACAGAGGCAAAUUUUCCUCGUUUGUCCUCCCCCCUCCCGUUUGGUACACUUAGAGGUUGACUUCCUUUCAUUAUUAUUAUUGUUUUGUUUUUUCAUUGAUGGUACUAUUUCUUAGCAUUUUAAAUUAGAACCUAUCUUGCCUCCUGAAGCUUUAAAUUAUUACUUUUCAGUCCCUCCCCGAUGACACGUGCGCCCUUACCGUUCGUUUUGAGUCGUGCCCUGCCCGCCCGCGCCAGCGUGCUGUCCUGGUCUGUACCACCCUCCAUCUGUUGAACCUUGUCGCCAGAUCUGCGUACCACCCUCCCCACCUCCAAUGGCUGAAUGCUCACACCAAUAAAUUUUAUAACACACUCA